GAAAGGGCACAAAAGGGAAGAGAAAAAUAUGCCAGUCGAGACUGUGCAUAUUCACACACUAAAAGAACACAACACCACGCUGGCCACAUAUCCACCUGGCUGGCUCUGCACACCUGUGGUGACGUAGUACAGAGUUGUAUCGUACAACUCGUACCGUCAUCCCUGCACUGUUUUCAUUUUUGAUUUUCGGAUUCCCAGUAAAUUUCCAUUGUCACAUUGUGCAUUUAUUUUCCCAAAACUCUUCCCGGAUUUCCAAUGCCAUUGUGAAUUUUAUCUGCAUUUUUAUAAGUUGAAGAAUAUUGCCACUUCCUGUAUACAGUGCGACCGCCCCUCAUCAGCUGAUAAAUGCACAGCUCAUUCACGUCUUAACGUGUUUAAGCCUGUUUUUUCAGCUCCUCGUCUUCCGUGAUUACGAGCGUUCCGCUCUCUUAUCCUGCUUCCCCGGUCGUACGCACCUUAUUCCCGGCCAUCCUCCUGUAUUGAUCCAUCCACUAUCUUCCCGUAUUGGUGGAAACGGCGGCCGUUUAUUCUGUUAUACAGCAGGGCAGGCAAAGAGCGCCGAGGCGUGUGUGAAGUGCGACGCUGCAUCGAUCCAGCAGUGCAUCUCACGUUCAUUCCCGCUCUCCCGUGAUUUCCACCAUCUCCCUCUGCACCUCACUCGCCGCCUGCCAUCGAGACCGCUCAUUUCUCCAUCCUUUGACACUUUUUAUCCAUUAAUCAAGGAGCGCCUGCUCCCACCAACCAUGCCAGAAGCCCCAUGUCUCGCGUAAUCACGGCGCAUGCCGUUGUUUAUCCGUACCCCAUGCACUGUUUUACCGAUAGUGUACAGGGACACGUUAACUAGUGUUGAUCUUUUUUCUCUGUUUUGGUGAUUUUUUUGGGUCUGUUCGGGAUUGAAAAUUCCUGGUGUGAUGGGGAACGCGUGUCUGCGUAUGCCGCGUAUCCGGCAGCGCCGCCGCGACGCCUGCGCUCCGCCCGGGCUGACGGGGAACGGGCUGGUGGGGGGAACGGCCUCGCGGGACUCCCUGGAGGAGGACGGAGAACGCCGACGGUCCAGCACGACGGAGAGCCAUCCCUGGAUGAUCCUGGGCCUGUUGGCUUCGCGGACGCGCCAUGUGUCCGAGGAUGCCAUGGUCCUGGAGGCCCUGCGCGUCAUCCGCACCCUGGUCGAUAAUGACCAGGAGCCGCCGGAAGUGCUGUACCGCAUCCACGAGGUGGCCGGGACGGAGAGCGGCUGGCUGACCAUCAUGCAGGCGCUGGUCAACAGUGUGCCGCUGGAGGACGCCCUGGGGCCGGCCGUCGCCGAGCUGAUUGUGGACAACUGUCCGCUGCCCAGUAAGCAGGACAUCAGCAACUUCCUUAUGCAUCUUAGAUUGAACCGCCAUAUCGCCCUCGCCGGCCGCCAGCAUCCCGCCAAGCACCGCAAUAUCUGCCUGAUGAUCGGGUGUUUCGCGGCGAAACUGCCGGGGCAGAUUGCGGCGUCGAUGCUGAGCGAGGCGGUGCUGGAGUAUUUACUGUGUAAUCUGGAUUUUGAGGAGACGCAUCCGCAGGUGGUGCUGUUCGCCAUCAUCGCGCUGGAGAAGCUGGCGCUGACCGGCGAGAACAAGCGGCUCAUCCUCACCCGUCUCAAGGACUUUGACGACGACACGCAUCCGCUUCUCAGGCUGGAGCGCCUGUCCCACAAGGACAACGCCACCAAAUGCCAAAUUCAGUUCUGUGCUCAAUGGACACUCGACAACGUGUUCGUCCGGCCGGGCCGGCCGUUCAGCUACGAGUUCGUGGACAACAGUGAGUCGCGGGCCAUGCUGAGCCAGACGGACAUGAGCGAGUAUCUCAAGCUCAACCCGGCCGGCCUGAUGGCCCGCAACGACAGCAACUCCUUCGAGAGUGUGCGCUGCACCUUCCAGGUGGACAGCGGGAUCUGGUACUACGAGGUCACGGUUAUCACCACCGGCGUCAUGCAGAUCGGCUGGGCGACGAAAAACAGCAAGUUCCUCAAUCAUGACGGGUUCGGCAUCGGGGAUGACGAGUUCUCCAUCGCCUACGACGGGUGUCGGCAGCUGAUCUGGCACUGCGCGCAGUGCGACCACCACUUCCAUCCGCCGUGGCGCGCCGGCGACGUGCUGGGCUGCCUGCUGGAUCUGACCAGGUACAAGGUCAUCUUCUCCCUCAACGGCUCCCCGCUGCGGCCCUACUCGCAGAUGUUCAAGCGCGUCCGCAACGGCUUCUUCGCCGCCGCCUCCUUCAUGACCUAUCAGCAGUGCGAAUUCAAUUUCGGCCAGCGUCCCUUCCGCUAUCCGCCCCGCGACUACGAGCACUUCCAGACCUUCAACCAGGCCGGCUCCCUGUCGCCCGAGCAGCGCGUCGUGUUACCGCGGCCGAAACGGCACGAGCAGAGGAAAUUAACGGUGGCCACCGACAGCUGCGCGCUGUGCUGCGACGCCCCGGCCAACGUGCAAUUAGAGCCCUGCCACCACCAGGGACUGUGCCGGAAAUGCGCCGAUCUGCUGGAAAUCUGCCCCAUCUGCCGGCGCACCAUCCUCGCCCGGAUUCCCCUGAAAGUCGGCGCCUGAGGGUGGGAAGACCGCGGACACGGGGAUUUUUUUAGGGAAUUUUGGUCGGAUUUUGCGGGUGAUUUUUUGAUGAUUUUGGGAGGAAUCUCAUGAAGAGGAUAUUUGUUUUCUUGCGAUGUUGAUGUUUGUUAGAUGGGGUUUGUUUUGAUUUUCGAUGCCCGGGGGAUAGAUGUUCUGCACAAGAUUAUUAAUAAAAAAUUUAGAAAUAAAUCGCCAAUAAAAAUAUGAUAUCACACAAUAAUACAGAUAAAAUUUAACGGCUUAAUGAUAUAAAUGAAAUUAAAUUAAAUAUCAAAGAACAUUGUAGCCUCGUUCUUCGUCAAUCUGCUGCA